AUGGCAUCAGGAUCCUCGGUUUCAUUAGCAUCCCAUUCCUCUUCGGAAUCUACUUUCCAAAUUGAUAUAGACAAGACUCUUCAUGCUCUUCCUUCCAGUCUUCUCGAUUCUCCUCUAUUAUCAAACUGCGGCGACUCUUAUAACCAAAAGUCUGGUCUGCUGUUGAAUAAUAUGCAUCAAAAUAAAGGUCUGGCGCUGUCGAAUAACAAUUCCAAAGAAGUCUCAGUUGCCGACCGAAAGAUGGAGUCUAUUCCCGGGCUCACUUAUACCCAGAAUGAUGAAAACGCAUUUCAAUAUACUUCCAUCGGCUUAAACUCGACUGAUCCUGCCAAGUUUGCCGACCGAAAGAUCCCUUCCAAAGGAGAAGCGUUUGGCGAAAGACAGCCAUUAGGCUCUUGGCAAACUAAUAUAGCUCUUUCGGAAUCACCUCCUCAACCCCCUACUUACAGUGAUUAUUCUGCACCUAAUGUUACCAAUGCUUCAUUUUCUAGUAACCAGCAUCCAACUUCUCUUUACCGCUCUGCGUCGUAUCCCGGCCCUUCUGAUGAUUUGGAUAUGUUAUCUUCAGCAUCAAGAUAUCUCUUUAUCUCAAACUUGCCCCGGAUUGUUCCUUAUGCCACUUUGCUAGAGCUUUUUUCUCGGUUUGGUGAUGUGAAGGGCUUGGACACUUCGGCUUUAUCAACUGAUGGUAUUUGCAUUGUUGCUUUUUUUGAUGUUCGUCAAGCUAUCCAAACAGCCAAAAUUCUUCGAACGCAACGUUUCUUUAAUGACCGUUUACUGAACUUUCAGAUUUGCCAGCGCUCUAGUAUUCAACGUAUGAUCAACCAAGGCGCUCCAAUUCAGUUUCUUGAUGACAAUGAAGGUCAAUUACUGUUUACCAUGCAAGGGCAAGUAGCUCUCUCUAUUCAGCAAUUACAGUCCAUCUUACAAACAUUUGGACCGUUACUUUGUCUGAAGCCUCUUAGAGGUCAAAACCCCUCCCAAAUUCUCUGUGAAUUUUAUGAUACACGUGAUGCAUCUUUUGCUCUGGACGAGUUAGAUGGUAGAAUUAUUCAUAAUUGCUGUCUUCAGGUUUCUUACUACGAUGCCAUGGUAGACUCGGUUAGUUCGUCUUCUGUAUCCAGUCACUCUGUCAAUAAGAGCAUUGGUUCAGCACAAAACACAAAUGACUGGAUGUAUCCUUUUAACAACAAUGGACAGGAAGCUACUCCUUUGUUAAAAAGAACAUCGUCAAACUUGGGAUCUCAGUACUCUACCUUAUCCAAUUCAUUGAGAUCAGUUCCUUUAGGACGAACAGAAUCUUCGCCAGCUUGGGGCACCGGUGGUCACUAUGACCUUUUGUCUACUAGUCCAACUGUUUCCAUUAACAAUAGUAGAAGACCAAUGAGUGCAUCUCGUUAUAGCAUGGAUGUUUCCCCAAUUGCUCCUCCAACUUCAGGUCGUGGAAAACAAAGAGCCGUUGAUCUCUUAAAUGGGUAUUCGGGACAGUGGAAUCCAUUUACAUCUUCUUCUUUAAAGGGAGUGGAUUCCCCUUCAAACGCUGUCGGCAUGAGACGAAGCUUAACAGUAGACGCUAAUGCUUCACGUGCUAAUCCCGCAAACUUGAGCUUCGCUUCGUUGACGCUUCAUGAUUCACGAGCUGAUCCCGCAAGUUUCUGUCCUCCGCAAUUUUAUGGGGCGGAAAAUAAUUUUCAGGGACUUUCUGCUGUUCCUGAAAGACCUUUGUCUAUGGAUAGAAAUUCGGUUGAUUAUGCACGUGUUGCAGCUGGACUUGAUCAUCGUACGACUGUGAUGAUCAAAAAUAUACCAAACAAGUUCACGCAACAGAUGCUUCGUGAGUACAUUGACCUUACUAAUCAGGGAACCUAUGACUUUCUGUAUCUUCGCAUAGACUUUGUAAAUAAGUGCAAUGUUGGAUAUGCAUUCAUAAAUUUCAUUGAGCCUGAAGCUAUUGUCACGUUUGGAAAAGCAAGAGUAGGUACUCAAUGGAAUGUUUUCCACUCUGAAAAGAUUUGUGAUAUUAGCUAUGCAAAUAUUCAGGGUAAAGAAAGGCUUAUUGAGAAAUUCCGCAAUUCAUGCGUUAUGGAUGAAAAUCCCGCCUAUCGUCCGAAAAUUUUUGUUAGUCAUGGUCCUAACAGGGGAAUGGAAGAACCCUUCCCUGCUCCAAACAAUGCUCGUCGUAAGCUGAGAUCUAUCGCCAGUGCCCAGCAAAUAGGUCUCUUCCCUCCCACAGCUAGUAAAUGCUAG